UUUGGCGAUCAGCUACUAACUCAUUCCAAUGCGCGCUCUCUUCUCCCUAAGUCCGGUUUUAGAGAUACCGCAGUGAUCCUCAUGCUCAUUCAUCAGUUUAUAACAUUCGGAUUCGCAUCUACACCGUUAUAUUUUGUGUGGGAAAAAUUGAUAGGUGUGCAUGAGACGAAGAGCAUGUUCAAAAGAGCCAUGGCUAGAUUACCCGUGGUUGUACCCAUAUGGUUCUUAGCCAUUAUCUUCCCCUUUUUCGGACCAAUCAAUUCCGCCGUCGGAUCUCUCUUAGUUAGCUUCACUGUAUACAUCAUCCCCGCAUUGGCUCAUAUGCUUACCUUUGCUCCUGCUCCUUCAAGAGAGAACGCGGUGGAGAGACCACCGCGAGUGGUGGGAGGAUGGAUGGGGACUUAUUGCAUAAACAUAUUUGUGGUGGUUUGGGUAUUCGUAGUUGGGUUCGGGUUCGGAGGAUGGGCAAGUAUGGUCAACUUUGUUCGCCAGAUCGACACUUUUGGUCUCUUUACUAAAUGCUACCAAUGCCCUCCUCACAAGCCAUGAUAUACAAAUUCGCCAUUCAAGACCUUCUAGAAAGAGAGUUUCAUCUGAGUGGGUUUUGUUUUCGAAAUCUAAUACAUAUAAGUUAUUAUAUCCAUUUUUUAGUAUUUAUUAAAAAUCACAUCUCUUUGUAAUUGUUUGACGACAAUAAUCUUGUACUUCGUUUUUUUUUUUUUUAAUUUGUUAUGUUGAGUUGUUUUUGGUAAAUUGGGUUUUUUUUUUUGUUCCUUAGUUAAGGUGUGAUGGCUAUCUUAGGCCAACCCUAUUAUUAAUCUAUAGCUCAUGUAAUUUUCAUGUGUGUGUUGUGUGUAAUGAUCUCGUUAUUUUCUUUAUACUGAGAUUAAUUUCAUCGUCUUUUGAUGAGCA